AUGCAGAUCAACUUGGCCACUCUUCUCCUCUUCCUUGCUGCUGGAUUCAGCGCAGUCGAGGCUAACAAAUGCCUCUACACCGAGCCUCGCAAGUGUUCUCAGGGUUGUCCCAAUGGAGGUUGUACUGGUAAAGAUAAUAACCCCGAUGACGUAUAUAAAUCACCUUUUGUCGCCUUGCGCUAA